UGAACGAGACCUAUCGUAACAUUCAUUGACUCGACAUGGGACAUCGAGCAAACAGCUGAGUUGCUGAUAACGCACGUGACCUCUGGCCCGGAAGUUGUUGAACCAAACAGUUCGUGAUGGAAAACAAAGAAGUUAGGAUGUUGUGAGAGUCGAUUAGAAAGUGAAUUGUGGGUCAUAACGGCAUCAACAUGUAUUUGAUGCGCACAAAGAAGCAAUUAGAACAGGAGGAAAACAAAGAAUUACUAGAAAAAAGAGAAAGACUUUUGGAAAAACAGUUUGCAGACGUUGGUAGGACUCAAGAUUCGGCUGCUGCGGCUAAUGCAGGGAAGAGUCCUACUAAGAAAAAUGUUCAAAGUGACCCAAAAGACUUAAGAAUUGAAGAUUUGCCCGAUGGAGCUUGUUAUCGACCAAAAAGUGUUUUACAAUCGGAUGGAAAGGGAGAUACUGCUAUAAAGUCUGUGGAGUAUAUUGGGUCGUUUUCUGUGACUGGGGCAGACCCCAAUGAGAGGGCUGAAUGUGUCCAGAAACAGCUGGAACAGAUGAGGAAUUCUACAAAGAGUAAGAAGGUACUUCUGGUCAUCUCAUUAUCUGGGAUCAAAGUCUGCAGCAGUGAUGGAGAGAGUGUCUACAUGGCCCAUGCUCUGAAGAGGAUUUCAUAUGCUACCUGUGAUCCUGAUUUCUGUCAGUUUUCAUUUCUGGCCAGAGAGCCCAAAGCUAACCUCAGCAUGCAGUUCUGUCAUGCAUUUGUGACCAGUACCAAGGAGGAGGCAGAAGAACUUAAUGCUAUAGUGGGGAAUGCUUUCAAGAUGGCUUACGCCCAGGAGAGGGAAAAACAGCCCACAUUUAAUGAAUUAAUAGAACAACAGCUUAUUCAGCAGAAGGCAAAGUUCCAGGAAUAUCAGGAGCAGGCCCAGAAGGUGUUCCAACAGAAGCUGGCAGAGAUUGCCACCCCCACUCCGUACUCGGAGAAGGCCAUGCAGCACAUGGAAAUGAGGCGUCAGUCCAGUAGUGAUGAUUCUCAGCCUUCUGACAAAGAUGUAGGCAGCAAAAAUAAAAUAUGGUUUUCAUUACAACGCAGCCCAGCAAAGGCCAAACAUGCAGUGGAUAAGGUAAAACAUAGGUCUCCUAUGAUGGAGUUGGCAGGCCUGGCCCCCAUCAGAAGUGAAUCUCCCUCCAGGUCAUCUAGUCGUCCAGGUUCUGAGGCUCUUAACAACAACGCCAGACUGUCAGACCCAACGGGUGCUGCCCUGAAGAGAAACUCAACCCCCAUAACAUCCAACUCCCCAUUGUCCAUCCUCAGAGGAUCCAUAGACACAUCAGGGAGUCCUGGAAAAAGUAAAGGAUCACCAGUGACUGCUCUCAAAGAUGCCAUCGAUAGAGGGUACCUCACAAAUGGAAAUGUUAACUCAGCUGAUGUACAGGAUCCGGAGGGCUACCUAAAACCCCAGAACAACAACAAAGGAGAGGAUAAGAGGAAGAUUUCAACCAACAUGGUGAAUCGGCCCUUGCCAGCCAUUCCUGCACAAGUUAACGGACACACACCAACACAAAACGGACACAAAGAUUAUAGCCCAAGACACAACAUGAACCGAAAUUCCAAAUGCUUAAGCGAGAUGGACACAAGUCCAAAACAUGAAAGAAUACAAAGUCCAAGACACAAGGGUACCCCAAAACAUAACGGACAUAUAAACAGUCCACAGAAACACAAGAACUGGUCUAGUGUUGAUGAUAACGUGUUGAUACCAGAAGUGAGAAAACGAGACCGAUUAAAUGACUCUCCUAGAAGGAAACCUGUGAGACCAAUGAGUGAGGUGUUUACAGACAGCAAGUCUGCAGCAACCAAUCUUUAUGGUGAUAGACAGAACCAGUUUGAAGUGUCUAGUUACAUGUAUUCAAGGGGACAGAUGCAAUUUCAUAUUCAUGAUUCUCAUAUUCAUACUAGUCACAGUCAGGGCCAGAUAUCUGGUCAGCAGGUCAAAGGUCAUGGACAAAACCAGGGUAAUCGUCGCCGCGGCGAGGAAACCAGAACUAACCAGAAGGUGAUCUUGCGAUACCAGAAUGACAGCCCCUUCCAGGAGGUGGGUUCUUAUGAAAAUCCUGCUGAAGAAGGAGGCUCAGCAUCACAACCUAAACCACCAGGAUUGGAGUCUUUGAUGGGUCUGGACAGAAGUCACAUUGAGGAUGAGACACUACGACAUUCAUCUUGGUACCAGGCUGGAAUUCCAAGAGAGAUAGCAUUAGAGAUUCUACAACAGGAGGAGAUAGGAUCCUUCAUUGUGAGGGACAGCUCCACCCACCCCGGCUGUUAUGCCCUCUCCGUCCGAGUGCCAAAGUUUGAAAAUCCAACAGGAAUAUCUCACUAUCUUAUACUAAAAACACAGAGAGGAGUCAAAUUAAAGGGCUUGGAAAAAGAAUGGCCUGACCUUUUAGCACUAGUCACACAUCACACAGUGAUGGCUGAAAUGUUACCCUGUACAUUAAGACUUCCUCACAAAUCUAAAAAUCCAGCCUACAAAGAUUCGGAAGACGGCAAGAAAGAGGAUGACCCAGAUUAUCAAAGACUGUCUGACUUCACAUCCAUGAUGGCCGCUCUGAAAAACUGAAAACCGUUUAUCGUUUUCAUUUGGGCUAAGUGUAAUCAGAUCAUCAUGUUGUUUUUUUUUUUAUUUAUUUGUUUUUGUUGAUGUCUUUUCUUGUGGCCUUGUAUGUUAAUAGUUAGCAUUUUGUUCUUGAUAAUAUUGAAUGAGUAACAGUUUGUCCCCCAAACUGUUGUAAGCUGCGAGUUUUUAUCAUUUUAUUUUAUAUUUGCUCACAUGAAGGGACCCCACAUGGUUGUCUGAACCUUUGAUUGUGACUUAAACUGCUGAAGUGAGUUACAGAAACAAGUGUCCAUUGUGCCCGAUUUACAUUUUUAAUGUGAACAUCAGAGAUAAGUGCAGCUUACAGAUGCACUGAAAUCGGCAAUUGUGGACGAUUUCUUCGAAUGUUUACAUUGUAUAGUGCUAAUUGUAUUACAGAUUUUUUUUUAAAAAGGACACAAUUUUGUUCAAGUUACAUAACUUUCUGAAUCACCACAAAGUUCAUAGUUUUAUCUUUGGUGGAAUUAAAAGACUGUAAAGUAUCAUUUUUGUUUAAAAAUCCAAAUAAUCUUACCAUUUUAAUGGACUGAUUGAUUAUAUUCCUAGAUUAAAUUGUAAUUAAGGGCAUUGAUUACAAUAGACCAAGGCAUUAGUAGUCUUUUUACAUAAUGUACAUUUGAUUGUGAUAAACUAUAACUAGGGAGAGUUUACAUAUACAAAUAUUGAAUGUUUUGUGAAUCACAGUGAGAGUUUGCUGAAUUAAACAGUUUAGUGGCUUACUGUAUGAUAAUUUUCAUGGUGCUUGAGCAAUGUGGAGCAUAUUUUACAUUUCUUGUAUUUAAGAAUGAAAGUAAUAUCAGCAUUGAAUGACUGAUUUGCAUCAUACAUACAGUGAAAAAUCUGAUUGCAACUACUUUUACAAAUAGUUAUCCCCCUUUUAUGAACUGGUUGUAACAGAGAAAUUAUUACUGCCUGUCAGAUUCAGUCAUUCCAUGUUUGACUCUAUUCAUGUGCCUGUCUUCCAUGGAAUUAUUUGCAAUAGUGGGUUGCUUGAUUGAAUUGAACCAAAGCUUUAGUUUUUAUGUUUGAUGCUGUAGUUUUAAUUUUGUGUAUAUAUAUGAGUGGUACAAGGCAGUGCACUGUGUUUGUUAGAAAUACAAACCUUGCUUCAGCCUUAGCAAAACUGUGAUGCAGGUUUUUAUGUACAAGUUAUUUGUGAUUCAGAUUUGUUACAAAGUAUUAUGGCAUCUUGCCUUUAAAUGAAUAUUUAUCAGAAACAUCA